UUCCCAGGGGCAGCUUCUCAGAAGGCUUCCUAAGGAAGCCGUGGAGGAGCAAGGCUGAGCCCCCUGGCCCCUCACCGGCCGCCCAGUCCCCGCCCUCACCACAGGGACUGACAGCCUUGCCUUCUCCACAGCUACGACAUGGUGCAUUACGGCCACUCGAACCAGCUGCGCCAGGCACGGGCCAUGGGCGACUACCUCAUUGUGGGUGUGCACACCGAUGAGGAGAUCUCCAAGCACAAGGGGCCCCCCGUGUUCACUCAGGAGGAGAGGUACAGGAUGGUGCAGGCCAUCAAGUGGGUGGACGAGGUGGUGCCAGCAGCUCCGUAUGUCACCACACUGGAGACACUGGACAAGUACAGCUGCGACUUCUGUGUCCACGGCAAUGACAUCACGCUGACCGUAGACGGCCGGGACACUUAUGAGGAAGUGAAGCAGGCCGGGAGGUACAGAGAGUGCAAACGCACCCAGGGCGUGUCCACCACAGACCUCGUUGGCCGCAUGCUGCUGGUGACCAAGGCCCAUCACAGCAGUCAGGAGAUGUCCUCUGAGUACCGGGAGUACGCAGACAGCUUUGGCAAGUGCCCAGGGGGGCGGAACCCCUGGACAGGGGUGUCCCAGUUUCUGCAGACAUCCCAGAAGAUCAUCCAGUUUGCUUCUGGGAAGGAGCCCCAGCCAGGGGAGACGGUCAUCUAUGUUACCGGCGCCUUUGACCUGUUCCACAUCGGGCACGUGGACUUCCUGGAGAAGGUGCACGGCCUGGCAGAGAGGCCCUACGUUAUCGCGGGCUUGCACUUUGACCAGGAGGUCAACCACUACAAGGGGAAGAACUAUCCCAUCAUGAACCUGCACGAGCGGACCCUGAGCGUGCUGGCCUGCCGGUACGUGUCAGAAGUGGUGAUUGGGGCCCCGUAUGCGGUCACAGCAGAGCUCCUGGAUCACUUCAAGGUGGAUCUGGUGUGUCACGGGAAGACAGAAAUCGUGCCUGACAAGGACGGCUCCGACCCGUACCAGGAGCCCAAGAGAAGGGGCAUCUUCCGCCAGAUUGACAGUGGGAAUGACCUCACCACGGACCUCAUUGUCCAGCGCAUCAUCAAGAACAGGCUAGAGUACGAGGCCCGGAACCAGAAGAAGGAGGCCAAGGAACUGGCCUUCCUAGAGGCCAGAAGACGGCAGGAGGUGUGGCCCCAGAAGGAAGACAACUGUGACUUCUGACCAGAAGAGGGAGAUCACCCGGAGCCCUCUCCCUGCUGUGCUUCCCGUGCCUCCAGAGUUUGGCUCACGUGGUUUUUAACCAAGCUGCGGUGCCCUCUCCAACCAUCCUGGCCUCAGAAGGGCUGGUGAGGAUGCUGCCUCCCACCCGCCUGCAAGGCACCCGUUUUGCAGCAGGCCCUUG